CGUUCUAUGAGUGGAGAUCGCAGCAACCCAGCAAAGGCAACAAUACACUUCCAUACUUGCAUACGUUGCGCUAAGUGUCAGUAUUGUCAUAGUCAAGAGCGAAAUGAGCGACAACAAUGGAUCUACUUCUACUCCACCAGAUGACACAGAAAAGGCGUCUACUCCAUUAGAAAUUUUGAUAGGAGAGAGGCUGGAACAGUUGGCUCCCCUAUCUGCUUCAUGUUCUAUUUACAGAGUUCCAGAGAGGUUAAGGAGUCUAAAUCCAAGUGUCUACACACCCAAAGUAGUUUCAAUUGGCCCAUUACACCAUGGCAAUGAAACCUUACAAGACAUGGAGGAGCACAAAUACAGGUACCUACAACAAUUUCUAGAUCGCACCAAUGAAAACUUGGAGUACUAUUUACGAAAAAUAAGGUACCAAGAAGCAACAUUGCGUAGUUAUUAUGCAGAAACUAUUAAGUUUAGCAGUGAUGACUUGGUAACUAUCAUCCUUGUGGACUCUGCAUUCAUCAUUGAGCUCUUUUUGAACUACUAUUUCAACAUAGCUAAUAGCACAGACAGGAUAAUGAGUGCACCAUUUAUGAUAAUUGACGUAAGAAAUGAUCUGUUUUUGCUGGAAAAUCAACUCCCAUUUUUCAUUCUUGAGGAUCUUUUUGAUCCAGACAAAGUUAAUGCGAGCAAUCAUGGUGAGAGUGAGAAGCUUUCAUUUAUUCAACUCUGCCGAACUUUCUUUGAACUAAAAUUAGAGGCAGUUGGAGUGGACUGCAAUUUGGAGAGGGUAAAUUCUUCUGAAGUAAAAGGAGAACGUUUCCUUGACAUCAUGAGAAAUUUAUGUCUGCCACCAGAACCUCAAGUUGGAGGGAUUCGCAACCCUGCAGCCAUUGCUGCACCAAGCAUCACAGAGCUACACCGAGCUGGAGUCAAGCUAAAAGUGCGAUCAACCAGAAACUUGUUUAGCAUACGGUUCGAAAAUGGAAUUCUAGAAAUUCCAAGGUUAACCAUUUCUGAUGAUUCGGAGCGUAUAUUAAGAAAUCUUGCUGCAUAUGAGCAAUGUCAUUACUCCCAUUGCCGGAUAUCGGAAUAUCUUGACCUCUUGGAUUGUUUUGUAAACACCCCUAACGAUGUGGAGUUACUUGUCAAGUACGGAAUUGUUACAAACAUUUUUGGUGACAGUAGUGAGGCGUGUUCUAUGAUCAACAGCCUUGGCAAAGGGGUGUAUGUGGAUUACAAUGACUUCUGUUUUGCUACUCUAUAUGAAGACCUACACAAGCACUGCAAAAAGCCCUGGAACAAAUGGAAGGCAAAUUUGAGGCAAAAUUAUCUGAACACGCCAUGGGCAAUUGUUUCUGUUGUUGCAGCUGUUUUUCUAAUCAUACUUACUGUCAUCCAAACGGUGUGUUCUCUUAUCUCUCUCUGA